UACACAGUUCAUUUCCAACGAGCUCCACCUUUUUCCAUCCACUUGGAGAAAAGACACGGGACAGACGACAACAACUGAAUCAGCUCGGUCCUUUACCUGUACGUCUUCAUCAAAACAAGAUGAAAACAUUAUUAUUGUUGCUUCUUCUCUGUCACGUUUCAUCACCAGUCAAACACUCCCUGAAGUUUUUCAUCGCUGCAUCUUCUGGAAUCCCAAACGUCCCAGAGGUAAUGGCCUCUGCUCUGGUCGAUGAUGUUCAUGCGGGUUACUGCGACACCAACACACAGAUAGCAGACGUAAAACUGGACUGGGUGAAAAACUAUUUUGAUAAGAACCCCGAGGACCGGGAGUGGUUCGUUGCAGAGUGUUUUGUGAAUCUGCCUAGAUUCUUCAAAGUCACGAUUUCUUUGUUGAUGCAGGUCCUCAACCAGAGAGAAGGUGUUCACAUUUUACAAAUGACAGAGGGCUGUGAAUGGGAUGAAGAGACUGGAGAGGUUAAUGGUAUUCUGCAGUAUGGUUAUAAUGGAGAAGAUUUCAUAUCACUGGACCUGAAGACACUGACAUGGAUCGCUCUGAAACCAGAGGCUGUCGCCAUCAAACUGGCAUGGGAUUCCGAAGAAGCAACAAUAAAAAGAUAUGCAAAUUUCUUGACUCAGCUUUGUCCUGACUGGCUGAAGAACAGUAUCGACUAUAGGAAUACCUCUCUGCUGAGAACAGAUCCUCCCUCAGUGUCUCUCCUCCAGAAGACUCCCUCCUCUCCAGUCAGCUGCCACGCUACAGGUUUCUACCCUGACAGAGCCAUGAUGUUCUGGACGAAAGAUGGAGAGGAGCUUCAUGAGGACGUGGACCAAGGAGAGAUCCUCCCCAACCAUGAUGGAACCUUCCAGAUGAGUGUUGACCUGAACAUUUCAUCAGUCUCACCUGAAGACUGGAGGAGGUACGACUGUGUGUUUCAGCUCUCUGGUGUGAAGGAGGACAUCAUCACCAAACUGGACAAAGCAGAGAUCAGGACCAACAGGGUUCCUCCCUCAGAGUUUCCUGCUGCUGCUGUCAUUGGAGUUGUUGUAGGACUGCUGCUCCUGCUGCUCUGCAUCUCUGGACUCUUCAUCUGGAGAAGGAACAAUAAUGGCUUCAGACCUGCAAACACUUCAGACUCUUCACCUCCAGAUGCAGCCUCUAACUGAUCACAACCUUCCCUCAGUGUCUCUCCUCCAGAAGACUCCCUCCUCUCCAGUCAGCUGCCACGCUGGCUGCUUCUUUAGUCUAGCCAGCCCCCCUAGAAUUCACACACUAACUAACUGCUAUAGAACCAGUAGCAGAAGCAUAUAACCUCCAGGCAGUAUUUCUAGUUUUUUAUACGAAUGUUGUUUGAUAAUGAAUUACACCAGUCAGGUUUUAAUGUGUAGUCUUUAACCCAGUGUAUUAAAUAUCUGUGCUGUAACUUGUUGAUAUAUUUCAAUAACUGUGCAUUUUGUUUCAGAGAACAUUUUCUCUGAGCUGCCGUUAUAUUCACUUUAUUUUUGUUGCAUUUGUUUACAGUCGUUGGUUUAAGAAUCUGAUUUUAGUUUCUUGUUUGUUUAAUUAAAGUUAAAUCAUGUGUCUGUUAAUGUGGAUGAUCAGAAGUCUAAAGAAAAAAUAUUUCAGUGCUUAUUUGUAUACUGUAUGUUGCUGUGUAUUACACUGAUUUCAAUGUGUUUAUCUACCUGUGAAUACAGGACAUUUUAGAUUAAACCACUGAAUGAUAAGUGUUUAACUAGAGCAGCAGAGAGCUGAGAAAAGACAAACUGAGAUAAUAUCAACAUUUUCACUUUAUGUGAGAGAGCACUGUUCAUGUGUGUCUGAAGGAAAAUGAGGACAUGGACGGACUCAACAAGUUUCAUCAGGUACUAUCAGGAUGAAUCAGGAGGAAAAUAAUAAGCAGCGUUCCACAGAAUCAAAAUAAAUCUGAACAAGAUAAAGAGGGAAUGUUGAACAGAAUGAGACUGGGUCACAUUAAACUACACAACACACUAAAAAACAUUCAGCUGAUCUUUAUAUGGUCCAACAUCACACAUCAUGUUUCACAGUCUGAGCCAUAUGACACUCUGUGUACUAUGUCCUAGUUAUUUGUAGAAAUUCUCCAGGUGGCGUUGGUCACUCGUUUUCCUCCAGACUCCACAUCUGCCUCAACACCCUCAGUCACACCUGCUACUUAAGAAGGAUUUCUUCAGCAGGUGUUGUUCUAAAAUAAAAUCACUAAAAUUUAA